AUGGCGACGGGAUGCUCACUGUUGAUUCGAAACCUUUGUUUCGAGACCUCGCCAGAUAGGGUGCGUCAGAUUUUCGAAAAGUUCGGACGCGUCCGAGACGUGUACCUUCCUCUGGACCAUUUCACCAAACGCCCAAGGGGGUUCGGUUUCGUUGAGUUCUACGAAGAGGCUGCAGCGCAAGAGGCGAUGCGCGAGAUGGAUAGGACCAUGAUCGACGGAAACGAGGUGUACGUCAUCAUCGCCCAAGACCGACGGAAAUCGCCGGAGACGAUGCGACGUCACCUGGAACAGACAAGACGUGGCGGCGGACCUGAGAGAGAUGUUCGUCGACGGGACGAUUUCCGAGGAGGACGUGGUUAUGCUCGGGGAGACAUCCGAGAAGUGGAUAUUCGAUACGCGGAAGCAAAUGGGAUGGGUCCAGCGGUCCCCGGUAUCGGCGCGAUGGCUACGACAGGCCACGAUACGAUAGAGGUCCUCAUGACGGUUACUCCAGGACAUACCGGGGGCGCUCCCGUUCUCGAUGAUCCCCGGUUUGUUGCGUUGUUCCUUGCCGUGUGCGAUGUUGUGUUUAGCGUUUAA